GGACCGAUAAAAAAGAAGGACGAUCCACGAUUAUUCUAUCGACGUCUGUACGUCCCCCCUCCUCCUCUUUUUCUUUUCUUUCUUUUCCCUUCCUGCGCGUGACCGCGCAAAAGGCGGACCCUGUGUUGGCGGAGAUCCAUGCGUUCGAUUCAUCAUUACGAUUGAAGAUUCGAUUCGAUUCAUCGUUUCCACCAUGGCAAGCGCUCAAAGGGGGAAACCGGUCAGCCGUGAUGAUUUCAACAAGUCUCUCACUUUGAUCAAUUUCCGUCUGUGUGAAGAGGCCAAGAACUGGAAAGGUAGCCCAAAUGAACUCUUGAACAAAUGGAUUCCCUUAGAAGUGGGAGAUGUAGCCGAAGACCGAGACAAUGCCAAGCUUGGCGGCGUUCCAGACCAUUGUUUGGCCCGGGCGUCAAUGCAAAUUAUGAUUUCAUCCUUUUUCGCUGGUGCGAUUCCCUCACAGUACCGAAAGAGCGAGCAUUUUGCAGAACAAUAUUUCAAGAGUUUUUUCAUGUAUUCUCUCCUCACAAGCUUGCCACACUUGAUUACCCCCAACAUCGGGCUGAUUGGCCUGCCAGGGUUCAACAACAUCAGUGAGUUUCUUGAUGUGAGUGUUCAGAUCAAGGAGCAAGAUGGCAAUCAGCUGACCUGGAAGUCUGGUCAGAAUGGUCACGGCUUCGGAUUCGUCGGGGCAAGUAUCAAGGAAAGCAGGAAUGGGUUGGUUGGGGAAUGCCUUGUUGCGGCCUUGCGCUAUUUUGAGGGACGCUGCGAGGACACGACAAACAACGAAGAGUUUCAACGAGCCAUGGUCGACUUGCGGCAAAGACUCAUUGAUUUACUCCAAAAAAUCAAAGAAAUCCGCGCCGAGCUUGAGAUCAAACCGUUGAAUGUCGCGAAGAUUGGAGAGCUGAAAAUCCAAAACGUUGCUCGGGCUUUGACAAUCCACGUUCUGCAGUCGGGCAUGGAGUAUCGGGAAAUGAUGAAAAAGCAGGAGAAAGUACCCUCAAAAAAGGAAUUUGAAGACGCCCGACCAACUGGUUUUGCCAAGGAAUCCUGGAAGUUGUUGCAUGAAGUUUUGGACACAGGAGACCUUUCCAAGUGGGCGAGUAAGAAACUUGAUGAGGACAAAAUAGCCAAGAAGGGUGAGACACAGCUGGCAUUGUUUUGUCUCGGGUGGCCAGACAGUCCUCUGCACACCUACCUGUGUCGAUGGAUGUGUGCCUCGUUGAACUCUGUCAAAGAAGUCAGAGAAACGGCUGAGGAAAUGAUAGCGAAAGCGAAUGUAGACGCGAAAGAACAAGAAAUCUUCAUCCAUUUUGUUGAGGACGCCAGCCGUUGUUUGGGCAGCAAAUCGUUGGCACCGGUGGUAGGAAUCUCAGACAUUCGCGACCGGCAGAAGCGGGAUGAAGCAUUGGAGCAGGCCAAAAAUCAAGAGCAGCAGUGGCGCAUAGAUCAGGAGACUCGCAUGACAAAGUUUAUCGGAACUGCUACAAAGUUGUUGGGCUUCCUGCAGCGCCUUGAAGAAGAAGCGAACGUUGGGGAACAGCCGGACUUCCUGCAACGUCAGCGUGAGGCACACCUUCUUGCAGAAGAAGAAGCGAAUGCUGGGGAACGGCCGGACGACAACCCAAAAGAUGGCGACAAUGAGGACUACAUCGACUUCGUUGACGCAGACGAAUUUUCAUGUGAGGGCGACGCUGACCAAAUGCUUCGUCGAGAUGGACAGGCACUACUGGCUGAUGCUCGUUUGCAAGACACAACAAUUUGCAACAAGGGCGCAAAGUCUGACGUGUUCCAGCUAAAUGCCAGUUACUGGCGUCGCCACCUCUUUCCAGUUAUCGUGUCUUUGGGGUUGAUAUUGGUUUUCCCAAGCCUGCGUGCUUUUUAUGGAGGCAUUGGAGGUACCCCUGGCAACCCACCUGUCCAAGAGCCGGCACCGAAAAUUACCAAUGAGCUACAAAGAGUGGAACCAACGACGGGACAGGCAGGCGUCAAUGUUGGGCCGGUAGAAACAGAAGGGGGCGUCGCUGCGGAACCGACGUUGGGAGCAGGAGACCUCAAUCCUGGCUUGAAAGCAUCUGAUGGAACGUCCGACGGUGAAAUGGAACGGCUCCUAGGAAUGAUGUUAGAGCCGGAAAGAAAGAGAUUUGAAGAAGAUGAACGGCGGAGAAAGGAAUUGGCGCAAAUGUGGUAA